CGGAUGCGAUGAGUCACGGGGCCGCGCGCGCAGCUCCGUUCCUGCCCCCCGAGCCCGGCCCGGCCCGGCCCGGCCCUGCUCAGGAGGCGCUGCCUGGCUCCGAGGCGUGGGGGCAGGGGUCCGGCGGCGCCAGGCUCUGCUCGUGGCGGAGCAUCCCCCAGCGCGCACGGCCGUGCGGCGGGCCGCCUUUUGGCCCCGUUUUUCCCUCUUCUUUUCCGGCCCUUCGCAAGGAAUGGGUUUGAAAGAUGAUGACAGUGGAGACCAUGACCAGAAUGAGGAGAACAACACACAGAAAGACAGUGAGAAGGAAAAGAACGAUCGAGAGAAACCACAGAGUACCACCAAGAGGAAGGCUGUUGUGCCAGGGCCAGCUGAGCACCCCUUGCAGUAUAAUUAUACCUUCUGGUACUCCAGACGAACACCUGGGAGACCCACCAGCUCACAGAGUUACGAACAGAACAUCAAACAGAUUGGCACCUUUGCCUCCGUGGAGCAGUUCUGGAGGUUUUACAGUCACAUGGUACGUCCUGGGGACCUGACAGGCCAUAGUGACUUCCAUCUUUUCAAAGAAGGGAUCAAACCUAUGUGGGAGGAUGAUGCCAACAAAAAUGGUGGUAAAUGGAUUAUCCGCUUGCGAAAGGGCUUAGCAUCACGAUGCUGGGAGAAUCUCAUUCUGGCAAUGCUGGGAGAACAGUUUAUGGUGGGGGAAGAAAUCUGUGGGGCAGUCGUCUCUGUCCGAUUCCAGGAGGAUAUUAUCUCAAUAUGGAACAAGACAGCCAGCGACCAAGCCACGACAGCCCGGAUACGCGACACGUUACGAAGAGUGCUCAACCUACCUCCCAACACCAUCAUGGAAUAUAAAACACACACCGAUAGCAUCAAUCUUCCAGGCCCUGGUGACAGAGGCUCUUUAACAAGACUAGAAGAUCACGGUGCACAGAGAGGACAGCUGUAUUUUUAAAUAAACCUAUUAUAGCUUACCAUACCAGGCCAUUCAGGGUGACUUUUAUAUUCCACAGAGUGACAAAAGAUCGCUUAUAUAGGUAUUAGUUAGAGGUGAAUAAUGUAUUUUUUCCUUUUGUUUUUCUUAGAUGUAUUGUAAACCAAUACACUGAUUAGUAAACUCGUAUUAAAGUAUAUUGGGUUAAAUUAACACUUGAAAAGGUGUACCCAGAAAAAGAGGUGAAAAAAAUUUGAAAGACAUUGAUAGAGCAGUGAGCUUGCCAAUCUAGCUCAAUCACGGUGCAAGUACCUUUCAUGACUUCCAUUGUGCUAGUUUGUCCUCUCCACAUAAUGAUUCUGUCAUCAGUGUGCUGUCAAACAGUUUUGAGAUCAGUCCUGAUUUUAGCAGACAGCUAGCUUCCAGUUGUAACCAGUUUUGAGUGUGGGUCACAAGGUGCAGAGGUCUUGUUUAACCGCCUGUAGGCAGCUAGUGUUUCAUGUGGCCCUCCCUCCUUCC